AGAACAAAAAAAGGUCCAAAUUCGGCGUCUUGCAUUGUGUUGUCGGCGUCGGGCUUCCGUCCUGUGAGAUUUUGCGAGUUUUGGAAAGUCGCGGCUUUUGUCUCGUUGUGUGCAUGCCAUUCCAGUGAUUAGUGAUCAAGCUAGUUUGUGAAAAUGUCAUCGAAACGCAAGUCUGAUACCGGUGGAAGCAAGAAAUCGAAGAAAGCCAAGCAGAAUGGCAAGAAAGAGGAGGCCGAUUACAGCGAUGACUAUGAUGAUGAUUCCUCAUCUGGAGCCAGUUCGGAGCCCGAGCCAGAGACCUACGAUGAUGAUCUUGAUCCUAGCGACUCGACUCUGCGAGUUAAAGGACCAGAAGAUUCUGGAGUAGUACUGAUAUGUGGAGCAGUGAACUGGGAUUUAAGUGGAAGAAAGCAGCCGCCGAAAGGAUGCAAAGGAACAGCGAACCCACGAAAUCUCUAUGUUCCUCAUCGACUCACUCCUUUUGAAAACAUCAAAGUGAAGCUUGUUGUGAGUGGCUCAUCUGCAUGUCAUUCAAUUCUUGUCACUGAAGAAGGGAAAGUGUUUACAUUUGGGAGGAAUGAGAAAAGUCAGUUGGGGACUGGAAAUCAAACGAAACAGGAUUCUCCUGUUCAAGUUGAAGCAUUGAAAGAACACACAAUUGUGGGAGCUGCCACUGGCCGAAAUCACAGUAUCUUUCUCACCGACAGAGGCACUGUGUACACAUGCGGUGACAACACCAAAGGGCAGUGUGGAGUAGGCAGCUCUGCAGCCAUGAUUACUACUGCAACAAGAAUUCGAUACAAGGGUCCCCCUAUCGUCAAAGUUGCUGCCGGUGCUGAAUUUAGCGUCAUUCUAGAUGUCAGAGGCACUAUGCACUCUUUUGGCAGCCCUGAAUACGGGCAGUUAGGUCAUGGAACUACUGGUGAAUACAUAGCGCAAGCAAACAAAAUAACAUACCAUUACGAAAAAGCACCCAAAGCGAUUGUAAUGUUUGUUGAGAAAAGCAAAGAAACUGGUCAGGUGCCUUUGGAACCAGCUGACGUCCUGGAUAUCUCCUGUGGCACAAACCAUACGGUCUGUAUUGACUCAAAGAAGAGAGUAUUUUCCUGGGGCUUCGGAGGCUACGGACGCCUUGGACACGCUGAACCUAAAGAUGAGUUGGUGCCACGGCUCAUUAAACUGUUCACAGUCCAGAAUCGUAAUAUCAAAUCCGUACAUUGUGGCUCCUCUUACUGUCUGGCUGUCAGUGAGCAUGGUGCUGUUUACUUCUUCGGACAGACAAAGAAAACCGGAGAAGCAUGGAUGUAUCCAAAACCAAUUCAAGAUCUUCAUGGAUGGAAUGUACGCAGUGUGGGUUGCGCAAACACAUCAAUCGUUAUCGCUGCUGAUGAAUCGGUUAUCGCUUGGGGCCCGUCUCCUGCUUUUGGAGAGCUUGGCUUAGGAGAAGUCCGAAAAACGUCACCUGCUCCCGCUGAAGUGAAGAAAUUGGACGGAAUCCAUAUUCAUCAAGUCACUUGUGGUUAUUCACACACAUUGAUGAUCGCCCGGGCCGACUCGGAGGAAGAAAAGAGUAAGAUAGAGAAUCUGCCAGACUAUGAUCCAUAAUCAGAAUUGAUUGGUGUAAACUAAAUUGAUGCUCCCAGCAUUGAGUUGACUUAACUAUAUUUAAGCAUUUCAUCUUUUUAUAUUCUUGGAAAUGUCCAUAUGUACUUUGAAUACUUCAAAGGGGAAAAUAAUUGUGUGUCAUUAUUUUUUUAUGAAUUUUCUAUAAAAUUAUUCUUCUUUUUUUUUAAGAUUUUAAUCUUGUCCAGCAUACUGUAUACCUCAUCGUGUAAAAUAUUUUUUUUUCUUUCACCCUGUAUCUAUUUGAUCUCUGCACUGGUCUGCCAAGGAAAAGCACAGUACCAAUAAAAAGUAGGCUUUCAGAGCAAAGCGACUUAAUCAUUGGCAUUAUUACAUGAUGUCCCGUAGAAGAGUUCCUUUAUUAUCCUCAUUUUUCACCCAUUCAUACUUAAUUUUUUGUCACUGUUUCUGCAUAAUUCUGUUCUUCUAAACAAGUAGAACAAUAUUUUAAAAUAAAAUGACUUAAUGUGAAAACCCGUUUCCCCUUAGUGUACUGUGCUCUUUCCUAGCAGGACAGCAUACUGGCAGUUAUUUGCAUGAUUUGAUACUGGAGAAACUCUGCUAUUGCGUGAGUUCAUCUUUUGUAAUUAUAUCAAUUUUUGAACUAGUUAAAUUUUUUUCUAGUAAAUCAACUUCUCAUGUCCACCGAAGGAUUUCAUUUUAAAAGACAGUAAUUUUCAAAGGAGAAAACUCCCUGAGAAGCAAUAUUUUAGUCGCCAAGUUUCUUCAUCUUUUUACAGAAAUGUGUAAUGAAGCAUUGCACACAUUGUACACAAAUUAUCAUACUUAGGGAUCAAAAUUUCCUGGGGAUGUCAAGGAACGGGAAUUGAAACGUUUCCGGUGGCUCUUCUGAGUGUGAAUGAUUACCUUGUGCAUGUGUUUGCGAUUUUCUCCGGGGAAAUAGAUUUUAACUGGGAAUCCCCAGGAACUAGAAUGUCUGCUAAUUAUGACUUAAAAUUGCGGUAAAACGCUACCCUCACUCAAACAGAAUCAUUGACAGAUUCGAAAAAACUGGUCUGGAGCUCAGCACUGCAAACUGUCCAAGUUAAAUUAUGAUUGUAAUAUGAAGAGUAGACAGGAAAGGUUAGGUCAUGCCUGCUUAAUCAAAAUAAAGGAAUGAAGACUUGUUUUGAUUACGUAAAUUGUCAGCUGACCAUGGAUUUCACAGACUGUUGAUGAACGAAAAUUCGCUUAAUGAAUUCGGCAUACUUACAUUAGCAUUAGUAUCUUUUCAAAAAUGUCACGUAUGACUGACUGUCAACUGCAUUUUUGCCUCGGGCUUGAUUUGACCAGUCCAAGAAUCUUAGAAUACCUUUAAUUGGUGUAACAAGUCAUUCGCUAUCGGAAAUAUUUUUGUAAGUGUUGAAACUUGGUGUACAAACAAGUGAGCAAGUAACGCCAAAGAGCUCUAUCUGCUGACGCAACCGCAUGUAAAUAGACCUCUUUUGCGCUAACUCUUAUCAUAUUUUUCUCGAUUUUUAAAUUCAUGAAAGAUUGUAUUCUGCUUCUAAAGUAUGAGCCCAUUGUUAAUGUCACUGUUCAAUUUUUUUCGAGGUGAAUUGGCAUCCAAAACUCUUGAAAAAAAUAUUGUGUCAUAAUUUAACUAUUUUAAAAAUGAAAGCUUUGACUUAAAACCUCUGAAUUUAGUACCUCCAUUCCCUAGAUUAGGAUCAUUCCACUGUAUACAUUUGGACACAUUAAAAUUCACUGUGAAAGAAAUGUUUUCAAUUGUCGGCGGUUUUUUCUUGCCCAAAUAUGUCAAUUUUAUACUUUUCUAUUAAGAGCAAUACUUAAAAAAAAAAGAAAAAAAAAAGUAUUUAAAUUAGGUUUAAAUGUUAAAAUUGAUUCCUCUCUUUUACUCCCUCCAAAAUGCUCACUUCAUAGUUUCCAACUUUCAGAAUUGAACUUUUUACUGCAGUGGUUAAAAGGCAUUAAAUUAGUUAUUGUAAUCUACAAUCAAUGUUUUUAGUUUUAUGAGCGUCCUUGUUCCUUCUUUUAAGAAGACUUGUGUGCUUGUUUUUUAAAAUUAAUUUAUUGUCUAGUUUUUAAAGUAGAUUUUCUAAACCAGUCGCACUCUCUCUAUAGUCUUAUUGUUAAAGUUAUCUUUCGAUGAAUUUACUGCCGGAUAAUUGAUCAAUUAUUAAAGUAUUAAAAGCUAAAUCAUUUUUGACAAGGA